CCAGCUUUCUGACCAACCUGUCCCCCUUGUCCUCUGUCUAGACCUUGUGCUGCUAGCGUGUAACUGGACCACUAUGGGGGACAGCUUUUUCGUCUGUCACCACUUGGCGGCGCUCUAUGCAUACGGAUAUGUGCUGACGCGAGGCGUGCUUCCUUACUUCGCCAACUUCCGCCUCAUUUCAGAGUUGUCCACGCCGUUUGUGAACCAAAGGUGGUUCUUCGAGGCAUUAAAGUACCCCCGCUCGCACCGGUUGGUGGUGAUAAACGGCGUCGCCAUGGCGGUGGUGUUCUUCCUGGUGCGCACCGCGGUCAUGCCGUCGUACUGGGCCAGUGUUUUCGCCACCUUCGGGACGGAGGACUUCGAGCGGCUGGGCUUGGGCGCCCAGGUGGCCUGGAUCACCUCCUGCAUCGCCCUGGAUAUCUUGAACGUUAUCUGGAUGUAUAAAAUCGCCCGCGGCUGCUACAAGGUCCUGACCGGGAGGGCGGGGGCGCGGAAGGCGAAGGGAGCGGCAGCGCAGGAGGAGUCUCCGUCGGACGGGAAGCACGUCAACAACCACACAGAUUAAAAAACUAAAAUAAGAGACGUAGAGCAAACGGAUAUGUAGACACGGACAGGCGCAGGAAGGGAGGCUGGACGUCCUCCAGGAACCUUGCAGCCUCUCACUGUCGCUGCAGCCUCAGCGUCCCUCCCUCCAAUCACAGAACCUCAGCCCUCGUCCCCCUUGUAGUUGGCUAGCGGACCGGGCUAACCGCAGCACGGACCCCGGACCCCGGACCCCGACCGGAGACAAAGACCCGAAUCUUUGGCUCACUCAGGCCCCAGCCUGUGCAGACUCAGUGUUAAGCCUGCUGGGCUAACGUUCAGUCUCAGUGACAAAAGCAAAGCUCACAAGCACACUUUUUAACUCCAUUUCUCCUUCGCCUCGUUCGUCCCUUUUGUCCCCCGUCCCCCCGUCCCCCUUCGUGAUCAACUUCAGCCAAAGCCUGAUCCUGUGAAGUGCCUGUGAAAGACAGGAAAAAGCAAUAAUUGUGGAGGAAGCGAGAGUCACGAAGUCUCAACAGAGCUUUAGCCCUUCAGACGACGACCAUCUCCAGAUCUGCUCCCGACAAACUACAACAAAAAACUGGAGGUUUCUUCCGGCAUCCGUCCGCCGACCGGGAGACGCGCGGCCCGCGGGGCGACGUCCUCUCACAUCAGACCCGUACAGUGUUUGUGAACCUAUAGGGCUCUAGUCUUAAUCUUAAUCUCAUCAGACCUCACAAAAAGAGACAGAAAAAAACACCACAAUGCCUAUUCUGCAGUAUCACCUGCUGUGGCCUCCUUGUGACAAAAACA